AUCACACAUCAGACUUUUCCCAGUGGAGCUGGAGAACAGGCUUCAAUGAAAACUGCCUGUUUGCAGCUACAUGGAGAUUGCAGGCACCACAAUUACUAUUUCCUCUCCCUGACCUGGAGCAGCAACUCCAUCAGCAGGAUAGAAAGGUAGCCUUGUUGCCUAGCAAAGGUGGGAUGAUUUAUCUGUGUGUCUAGAUUGGUCCCUUUGCUGCACAAGAGAAAUGCUUUCAGACUUCCAGGGAGAAUGAAGCCAGGCUAGGAAUCGGAGUGGAUGUGGGAGAGCUGCUCUCCCAGGGAGGAAAGAGCCACAGGGUCUCUGUGCCUUCUGCUCCUGUGCAGCCCAGGACAAUGGUUUUGUCUGCUCCAGUUAUAGCCCUGGGGGCUACCUUAGGGACUGCAACUAGCAUCCUUGCCCUCUGCGGUCUCACCUGCUUCUGCAAAUGCAAGCAGCCUGGGAAAGGACUCUCAGACAAGGACCACGAGGAGGAGACGGAAAAUGCUAAGCCCAGUGUGCUUCAGCCAGUCCAGCAAUUCAACGUCAAGAAAACUGCAGAGCCAGUCCAGCCUCGAGCACUUCUGAAGUUUCCCAACAUUUAUGGCCCCAAACCAGAAGUAACUUCACCUGAAAUUGUUAACUACACACAGUACUCUCUGAAGACAACAGAAGAACCAGCUACUGGCAAACAUACUGCUUUGGAUGAGAACAGGAUGAAGAUACAGGUCAAUGAAGAGCUGUUUGUUCUCCCUCAAAAUGGGCUGGUGAAGGACGUGUGUGUGACGGAGCCCCUGCAGCCCGAGCGGGCGGGCGGCGGCCGGCAGCCCCCGGAGCUGCACUUCUGCCUGCGCUACGAGCCCCGGCGCGGCCUGCUGCGCCUGGAACUGCUGCAAGCUAUGCAUGGCAGAAUGAGUGGGGACCAAGAUGCUGGCUGCCAUUGCUACGUACUGGGCACACUGGAGAGCAAGUCUGGUAUUGUUGAGGCCCAGACAGAGCUGAAGAAGAAGGUACUGCACACCCUUUGGGAGGAGGUGCUGCAAUUCCCACUGCCAGAGGAGGAGAUGCCAGGAGGGACACUGACUCUCACCCUGAGAAACUGUGACAAGUUCUCCAGGCACAGCAUCGUGGGGGAACUCAAACUGAACCUUGCUGAAAUGGAGGAAUCCUUUGGGAAGGCCCAGUGGGAAAGGCUGAAGAGCCCAGAGAAGGAGCCAUCCACAGGCCAUGGGGAGGUUCUGCUCUCUAUUAGCUACCUGCCAGCAGCUAAUCGCCUGCUGGUGGUGAUUAUUAAGGCUAAAAACCUCCAUUCCAAGCAGCUGAAAGAUCUACUUGGCAGUGAUGUUUCUGUCAAGGUGACACUGAGGCAUCAGUCACUGAAGCUGAAGAAGAAGCAGACCAAACGUGCAAAGCACAAGAUCAACCCAGUGUGGAACGAGAUGAUCAUGUUUGAGGUGCCUCACGAGCUCCUGCGUGCCUCCAGCGUGGAGCUGGAAAUGCUGAGCCAGGAUGGAGCUGGCCAGAGCCAUGUGCUCGGCAAGUGCAGUCUGGGCUUACAUGCCACAGGCACAGAGAAGAACCACUGGGAAGAAAUGCUGAGGAACCCCAGGAAACAGAUAGCCAUGUGGCACCAGCUCCACAUGUAGGAUCAUCAUGGUUACUGGCAAGAUUCCCACUGGGCCUCAGAGCCUGGGGGAAUAAGCUGGAUUUCACCUUCCACCUCCACCUCCAUGAAAUUACUCUGCACAGCACUCUCACUGCACCACCUUUCUCUGAUCUUCCUGCCCAUUCUAGCCAGGCAAGAAACUGCCUGAAAAAUGUAUUUAAAGGACAAUCUCUCACCUAAUCAAGUAGUUAUCUCAAACAAGGGAUUGCCUGGCCUGCCCACUGUCUCUUCUGAGAGGUCCCUGUUUCUGUUGAGGAGCAGAGGGGAGCUAAGAAGAGCAAAGUUAUCAUGGAAAUGUAAGCCCUUCAUUGGCAUCUAGUGCUGUCACCCAAGUCCCUUGAUGAGUGUUGGCUCCAAAAACACAGACAUGCAACUGUUCUAUCAGUCACUGCUUUUCAUAAUACUUUACAAGACUGAGAAAUGAAGAUCAGAGAAAUGACUGUCAUGGCAGGCACAAAGAGUCAGCAUGAAAAAGAGACUGAAGCCAAAGUGCAGUAAUGGUUACCUAGAAAAAGAUACAGAAUGAAAGGAGAGAAUAGAGGAAGAAGAAAGGGAGUGACAGUCAACACCUCAUCCUGUACAGCCUUUGAAGCACACACUGCCAAGCAAGAAGUCAAACACCUUCCUUUACUUUUGUUUCCUGGAGAGUUAAUACUCGUAUUUAGGAUUCAUGAAAACUGCUGAAAAUAUGAAUAUUUCAGGACCCUUUAGCAGAAUACCCAUAUCAUUUAUCUUUCUGUGGUGUCACCCAGGAAGAUCCUAAAAAUGGACAAAAAGUUAUUGUUGAUGUUACCUCCAAAAACUUGGACCAAAUCUUUCUGUUUACUGCCAUCUUUUCUGUUUGGGUUUUUCCCAAGUUUCAAAUGUGCUAAUUAUAUUCCAAGCAACAUCUAAAAUUAGGAAAAAGAAGUGGGAUCAUUCCAUAACUUAACAGCUGAUAGAUGGUUUUGGUUUGACAGUUAACUAUUGCCCUCAAAUCCUCACACUAACAUUACUUACUCAAAGACAACCCUUAUUAACUGCCAUGUAUUUCAUCACUUCCAGACAGAAGGAAUUCACCAACCAGACAGGCUCUCUGGGCUGUUUGUUUCAUGUGCACUUUCAAGAUUUGACGUGGUUUAAAUGUGACUUUUGACUGUGGGUUUUUUUUGUGUCUCUAGAUGGACUGAAAGUCUGGCAUUGGCAGUGAGGAUGUCAUGACCCUAUAAGCACAGUGCUUGUCCUACUACUUUUUUUCAAGUAGUAGACACAACUUGACAAGUAGACACAACCGUGGGGACAAGGCAUCCAAAAAUUUGGAAACAGAACCAUACAAUUUGUAGCCCUGAAAAUCUCAGAGAGCUUCAUGUUUGCAGGGACAGAUUUCCCCUUGUUUAAAUCAAAAUAUUAAGCUAAGCUUUAACUAGUGUCCAUCCCAUUCUGAUGGUGCAGUCAAAUAAGUCUAGCAGGUGGUCAAGGGGAGGCUGCCAUCCUGUUGGCAAAGGGAAAGCACCAAAACCAGUGUCUGAAAACUGGCUGAAGCACCAGACACAACAGGUUAUGAGCAAGGAAAUGAAGUUCAGCUGGAGGUCAGUAACUAGUGGUGACUGGUAGAGUGUGGCCUUGGCAGGUUUGCAGAUGAUGCAAAACUAGGAGUAAGGAUUGAUGCACAAGGCAGUUGUGCUGACAUUCAGAGGGAUGCUGAGAGAAAGGCUGGAGGAAUGAGCUAACAGGAACCUCCUGAAAUUCAACAAGAAGAAGUGGCAAGUUCUGCACCUGAGGAAGAACAGGUGCUGACCAUCUGUAAAGGACCACCCAGAAAAGGACCUGGGUGUCCUGGUGGGCACCAAGUUGAACACGAGCCAGCAGUGUGGUCUUGCAGCAGAGCAGGACAACAGUGCCUUGUGCUGUGUUAGGCAACGCCAGCAGGUCACAGGAGAGUGAUCCUUCCUUUCAACUCAGCACCAGUGAGGGCACUUCUGGAGUGCUGUGUCUGUUGCUGGACUCCUCAGUGCAAGAAAGAUAUGGAGUUUCUGGAAAGAGUGCAGCAAAUGGCCAUGAAGAUGUUUAAGGGACUGGAGCACCUUCUGUAAGAGGAGAGGCUGAGAGAGCUGGAACUCUUUAAGUCAAUGUGCACAGAUACCUGACCUGGGAGAGGACAAAGGAAGAUGGAGACUCUUUUCACUGGUGUCCAGUGACAGGACAGGAGUCAAGGUCACAAGUUGCAAUGUAGGAAAUUCCACUUGAACACACAAAAAAUACCAAGAAUAAAACCCCUUCUUUUACUGUGAGUAUAAUCAAAUACUGGAGCAAGUUGGCAGGAAAGGUUGUUGGGGGUCCCCAUGCUUGGAGACAGCGAAAAUCUGAUGUGAUACAGCAUGAACAACCUGCUCUAGUUUAUCCCACUUUGAGCAGGGGUGAGUUUGGACAAUAUGAUCUCCAGAGGCCCUUUAUAUCCUCAGCAAUGCUGUGAUUCUGUGAAGAAACUGACAAAGCUGAUGCUCACUGAAAACUGUUGUCUUUACACUACUAUUUCUUUUGUGGGUAGUGUAGCCAGGAGUUACAGGAUCAUUUUGAAAAGAGCAAUAAAAUCAACUUUGAGCAACCAGACAGACAGAAAAGCUAAGCAUGCCCAUGAAUCUUACACCCAAUAUUUUAAUCUCUGAUAUUGAUCUAUUGGCUAGAGGGCAUGUAAACAAAAAAGAAAAUUGGUUUCUUGUUUUGCUCUGUGGGGUUUUGUUUAUUAACAAAAAGCUCUAGGACACUGUGAGUAAACUGGACACAGGGGUCUAGUUGAUAGUGAAUUCUUAAUGCUUACUGUGAUCCUGAUUUGCCUGUAGAUAUAUCUUUAGGCUUGGAAUAAUCAUUUUCAUAUAAGUGCAGAAUUUAUUGGAAUGUUGGUCUAAUCCACAUAUAGGUUCCAGGCAGCACUGUGAUUUUUUUGGGGGGAUAAUGAUAAGAAGGAUAACUUCACAGUAUGAUGCUAUUUGGCUGGCAAUGGAAAGCCUGAAGGGCCAAAUAUUUGCCUUGCUGCCAACUCCUCUAGCUCUGCAUCCUGCUUGUCUCACUGAGCCUUUUAUAGCAUCUUGAUGACUGAUUGUAAACAGCAUUAUCUGCCUGUGCCCUGGUGAUUCUGGCACACCCUGUAAUAGAUUUCAGUCCUAUGGCACUUAAAAGCACAAAUCCUCAGAAUGUGACUUAGCUCUGGCAAAACAAUGUCCUCUUUUACAGCAGACAAAUAAGUGUAUACACAGCACUUAACCACAAAUCUGUCUUAGGAGCAAAGAGGUGCCAUCAGUGUUAACGAACGGCAUUGUUUCCUCCUUUGCUGCAGUGGGAUUUAAUAGGAAAGAAAGAAAGAGAGUGAAAAUGCAUACAUCUUCCCCGGAUGGAUCAUUCUUGUUGGCUAAUGCUCCUGGCCAUCAACAAAGGCUGCCAGGUGUCCCAGGGAGGAGGAGGCUGACAGCGGGCACGUAACGGGACAAGGAAUGCUGUGCACUAGGAAUGCAGUGUACGUGUGGUACCCGAGGGGCAGGGACACCCAGCCCAGCCCCGAGCAGGAGCUGUGUCAUCGCAUUCCAGCGCCUGCCCUCAUCCCUCCCAGCUGCAGCAACACCUGUGUGUCCCUGAGCCCCAGCACCCCCGGUGACAGACUGUGCCAGCACACACGUGGAUGGGAAUGGCUGGGUAGGUGACAACGUCCUGAAGAUAAAUCCGAAGUGUUUGGAAAUGCCAACUUGAGCUGACAAAGUAUCUCUGAAGUGCAAUAAGGACAGAGCCAGACACACCCUCGGUUUUCAGCUCCUGAAGCUGAAAAUGCAGUAGCAUCAGCAAGCAUCACUGUGUAUUAAAUUAAAGGAUGCUGCUAAUAAAAUGCAUCAUGAGAGAAGAAGCAAAAAAACCACCCUAGUUAUGGCAAUUAAUGUUCCUAAGAUAUAUGUGUGCCCAAAAGCAGCCACAAGGGUCCCCUGUGGGUAGUUAGUGGCUGGACUGAUUAUUUUGCCUGCUAUAAGCAUUAACAUGAAGAAGCUGGAAACCAAGAGACUGCAGAGAAUAAGUAAGGAGAAGGAAAAAAAAAAGAUGGUGUCAGGCAUCUAUCUGGUCAGAAUGAAUGAUCCUUUUCACUAAAGGCCAGAAUUGUGAGUUUAAGGACAGGGAUUCACAGUCCCUCACCCAGUGACAAAGCCCAAAUAACAAGAUUACUGUAAAACAGCCUGAGAAAUGCAGCUCCCAUAUAUUACCCAGUUUUCCUGGGAAAGGUGGUCUCCUGAGGUGGCCUGUGCUCAGAGGAGGGGGCUGAGAGGCCAGAGGAGAUGGCAUUGAGCUCCUUUGUUAAAAUAUAGACUGCAGCCAUCUGCUGUUUUGCCUCAACCUGCCCUCCUCCCCAGAAAUGAUCUAGUUUGAUUUUAAGCAAUUUGUCCUACAGCAGAAGGAUUAAUAAGCACAAAUCAUCAAUAGUUACUAAAAUAUCUGAGAUGUUUUAGACUCACUACGACCCUCAGCACUCUUCCCCAGUUGUAAGGGGAGUAGAUACAGCUGGUGCCUCCUAAGGGUAACAUUUUUCAGUGCAGGGUUUUCCCCUCAAUCGUUGUCCCAAAUAUCCUUGCAUGGUUGUAAGAAACGUGUUUGCUUUGCAAAGAGGUUAUACAUCAGAAAGUAAUGGAAAAUUCCCUUCAACAGGACUGAGAAAAUUUUCAGGCUCAGCUAUUCUCCCAGGUACUGAUGGGCUUUCAACACCUCUAACAGCUGUACCUUGUAUUUUGCUAGCAUCUGUCAUCAGUAUUAUCUGGCAAUAGCAUUCAAAACCACUCUUUCCCCAGAAUGAAGUAGGUCAUUUGGGAUCUAGAAUUAUGGUCCAAGGUUUGCCCAGAUUUUCUUGAUGUCUAAGAUGAGUUGACUACAAUGACAUUUAAUAAGAACUGGAAGCUAAAGUGGCUUGGACCAUGCUUCUUGCACUCUUUUGAAGGUCAGUUUGAAUUAAAGGACGGAGCUUUGACAGCAUUUUUAUGUGUAUCAGAAUUUAACAAGGUGUUACGAUGUAUUUGGUUAAUUCGUUCCAAGAUAAGCAUGAUGAGUGAAUAGUAACACUCAACACUUAAUAUUAUUUCUUCUGGUUUCAAUAUGCACAAGAAAUUAGCAAAGUGAAAUAGUGAUUUGUGGCCUUCCAGCAUGAGGGGGCUUUUCUGCUUACUUGGUCCUUUGGUGUCCCAGUGUGUUUAUUGUACAGAGCCAGAUAUUGUUUGUCAAGACUCUAUAUUGUUCUCACAAUCCAACGCACAAAAACAGAGCAUGAUGCUCAGUCAUUGUGUCUAAUAGUACAGCACAACAUGUAAAACACUGCAAGUAAAUAAUCCCAAGC